CGAGCGUUUUACACGAGGGGACGCGCGCGCCGCGUACGCAUCGCAUCAGUAGCGUGCCCACUCGCCGGUACGACAUAUUAUUAUUAUUAUUAAAAUAAUAUAGGUACGCGUGCACGCACCGCACCGCACCGAACUGCACCGCCACCGGAACGCUUCGCACGCGCGCGCGCGCCCUCUCACACGCUCACACACGCACACCCUACACAAGCACGCGGCGCGCCGCGGAAUAAUGCCAAAUGGCCAAAUCGCCGGCUGCGACGCCGUCGUCGAACGCACCGCCGUCGCCGCUUUCACCGCCAAUCGUCACCGUCGCCGCGGCGGCAUCACACUGUACAUCACCGUCAGCGGCGGCGGGGUCUGCGUCACGUCACCGCCAGCCAGAGUGGCCGGCCACUUCACCGGCGGUGUCUCCAUCGUCCGGUGGCGACGCCGGCAGCACGAGCAGCGGCAGUGGAAUCGGUGGUGGCCGUGGACAGUCGUACCACUACGAUGGCGGUCCAGAAAUUACGCUCAAGAGCAUCGAACACACGCUGUUGCCGCUCGUCAAACAGAUAUCGACGUUGGUGGCGCACCGAGAACGACCGUUCUGCACGGAGAGGACGGCCAGGGCGAUAGCCAGGGUUGGCCAGGGGGUGAACUUGGCCAUAGAGCGGUUUGUGACUGUCGGCGAGACUAUUGCGGACGACAAUCCCGAGAUAAAGUCCGACAUGUACCUGGAAUGCAAGGAGGCCAGGGCGGCAGGUGCUUCCAUCGAAAAACUAUGCGAAGCCGUGUUUGAAGAUUCGAUCAAUGAUCGAGCAUCUGUGAUAAGAGCUGCCCGAUGCUUGUUGAGUUCAGUCACUAGAGUGUUAUUAUUAGCCGAUGUAGUCGUCGUAAAGCAAUUAAUUUCAGUCAAAGACAAGGUGUCACGAAGUCUGGGUCGGUUGGAAGGCGUCAACAACUUCACGGAGUUCGUCAAGGCUUUCAGUCACUUUGGAACCGAAAUGGUGGAGCUGGCUCACUUGACGGGCGAACGGCAAAACGACCUGAAAGACGAACGGCGGCGGUCUCAGAUUGCCGCGGCCCGACAGGUACUCGAGCGGUCCACCAUGCUGCUGUUGACUUCGUCUAAGGCAUGUCUGAGGCACCCGGACAGCUCGGAGGCCAGCCAAAACCGGGACACGGUGUUUUGCCAGAUGCGCAGGGCCAUGGACCUGAUCCAUUACGUGGUCAAAGAUGGCGUGAAGGAGAGUGGUGGCGAGUCCAUGGCCCUGACACCGUACACAUCGGAACAAGACGGUGGCGACACACUUGGCCACGCGCUCAACGUCCUGGACUCGUUUGUCGACAUGACGAGGUAUAUAUUUAGUGAACAGUGUGACGAAUACUCACCUACGAAAUCACUGGAAGUGGCCGUAAACCAGUGUCUCGACGCCACCAAAGAACUCAGACUGCAGCUGAUAGCGACGUGUAAAGAACAAUCUCAUGACUUACCUUUAAUAAUUAGAACUGGAUAUGACCUCGUAACGUGCAUACAGACUACGUCUUCCGAUGGAGACGUCGACAGUCUUAACAAGUACGGCGAUCAAUUCGUUGAAGUCGUAGACCAAAUCGGAGAAAUUUGUAAAGUACUGAGGCACAUUGCAACUGCAGAAUCACUUCAGGUUUCUGCGAAACACGCCGAAGUCAACUUACGAGUGUACGCACCACAAAUCGUUACUGCUGCUCAAGCAUUAGCUCACUAUCCUUGUUCAAAAAUCAUAAAAGAAAAUUUAGAAGUAUUUGCGGACAUGUGGCAAGCCUUGACUCAAGAUGUGUCUACGGUGUGUAAAGAAAUUAUGGAAAAACAAAUACCAGAAAAACAAACAUACAUGUCACUCCCCAGACCAGGCAAACAUGGUACAACGACAAAACCGCUGAAGUCGGUGAGACUAGAUCUAUCGGAACAAGAUCAAAUCGCCAAGGCUGGUCUGGAAAUGAAAUUGGCGUCGAGUGAAGUGGACGCGGAAGCGGACAGGUGGGGCGCUGGAGAGGAAGACGACGCGGCCAUCGAGGAAGGUGCCAGCGUGGACGAGCGAGGCAACGCGACCAAAGCACACGAAGACAACGACAUUGUGCGUAGGGCGAAGAACAUGUCCGGCAUGGCGUUGAGCAUGUACGAGUUCACCAAGGGAGACGGUGGGUCGUCGCUGAGGACCACUCAAGAUCUGUUCACGCAGGCGGAAUACCUGGCCGAAGAAGCUAACAGGCUGUACAAAUUGGUCAGACAAUUUUCGUACCAGGUUCCUAUGGGUGCAAAUAAAAAAGAACUUUUGGAACAGUUGGACCAAGUUCCAACAUAUGUACAACAGUUGCAAUUUACAGUAAAAAUGCCUACGGUCGGUAAAUCUGCUACAUUUUCAAAAGUCGACAGUGUGAUUAACGAAACUAAAACGCUAAUGAACGUUAUAUCAAAAGUGGUAACAACCUGUUUUGUAUGUGCUACUAAAUACAACUUGGACUUCCAAGGUCUGUCGGCCAGAAGCGGUGGCUUCGGCGAGCGUGGCGAAGACGGUAGCGGUGCUGGUUCCGGAGGUGAAGGUGGCAAACUGAGUGGAGGAUCAGGCUCGGAUGGGUCCAUGUGACAGUUUGGGAUGGGGCGGAGGAGCAAAGGGGAUGGCCGCCGCACCCGCGUGUCGUUCCUGCUCUUCUGAGCCCGUGCAGCUACACACUUGCAGCCAGCACGAAACCCACAAACUAUUUACAUGGCUUCCAAAUCCCUGCAUACAACCAAUACUGCUGGAAAAUUAUUUCCGGUAUUUGGAUUACUAAAGUUACCGGAUAAGUUUCGCUCAACAUAUAAAAGUAGCAUAAUAUAAUAUAUUUACAUUGUAUUUGUCUAUAAUGUUUAUUCGCCGUCACCACAUAACUACAUAAGUGGUGAAUGGCUAUUAUAAUGUUAUAUCCGUGACACAAUUGAUUUAACGUAAUCGCGCCCGACACGUUUCUGUUAACGUUCGACUCGCAUCGAUGUACCAUGUUAUUUGUAUUAUUAUUUUUAAUAUUAUGUUUUAUUAACGGUGAUUUGCUAAACGUUUAAUAAUCAUUCGAGUACACUUCUUCCGAGUUCACACGUGUUAUAAUAAUACAUUAUAUUAUAAUGUCUCGUGGUAUGAGGAGUAUCUACUUACUAGAACUAUUCUAUUGCGUAGGUCGAUGGACGAUAACUAUUCAAUUCUAAAGUAUAGUGAAUACUAAAUAAAACGAUGCAUGAUACAAUAUGCAACUGACAAUAUUAUAAUGUUAUAUUGUCAUUAAUGUUUUGAGCAAAGAGCAAUAUAUACUUACACAUAUAUUAAUUAUAUUAUAUUACUAUAUAAAUAAUUUUCAAUAAAUGUUUUGAUUUUUUAAAUCAUAAUAAAACGAUGUCACUAUAAAAAUGUUAUUUAACUUAAACACAAUCUUAAGCUUAUAGACAAUCAGGCAAUAUAAUUUACUAGGACACAGUUAAGAAAGAUCUACAUAAAAUCAAUAUUUUAACUACAAAAUAUAAUAUAAUAUGAGUAAUAACACGGUGUUCAUAAGGAUAUCUUUUACGAUGGACUCAACCUGACUGCUCAUAUUGAGUAGCUAUAAUUUGAUUUGUUUUGAUAUUUACCUACUUGUACAUAAAAACCCUAUUGACUGUAAAAUUUUAACCUGAAUUUUGAUAUCAUUCGGCUUUAAGUCAUAAUAAAUUUAUCGCAAUAUAGAUGUGUUCACAAUAAUUAGCGAUUAUUAAUUAUAUUACCACACAUCUAUCUCCAACUAAAAAACCAUUUAAUAACGAUUCAAAUAAUGUUUUAACUAUUUUAAGCAAUGUGAAAAUUACGCAAAUUAUUAAUAUUUUUUCUGAGAUGUCAAGACUGUGUCUUCCACUCAAAAAAAAAAAAAAAUGUUUUCCAUGUCAAAAAAAUUCAGAGUAGAAUAUUAAGCUAUGUGUCUUCCCCAGAUUGUGUUCCAUUGCCCUAUAACUUCCCGUGUGUUUUAACUUAUUAGAUAUAACGAUCUCUGAAAAAGUUUAGUUGUUGAUCAAUAUUUUAUUAUGAAUUGAUUAUUUUAAUACAAUUUCGAAUAAUUAUGGCGUUCUAUUUAAAUGCCAAAUUUUAAAAAUUCGUAUAUCUUUUUUUGGCUUUAACGUUUUUUAACGAUCUUUAAAAGUGAUUUUGUAAAUACAUACAUUAGACUGUGCCAAAUUUUUAACAUCGUUUGAUCAAUUUUAAAUAAUUUGUAUACCGUGUUAUUUUUAUGUAAAUUUAUCAAAAUACAAUUUGUUGUUAAGAGUGAAAAAUUUGAAUUUCUACCACGUUCAUCGUUAUCGUAUUACUAUAAUAAGAACGUUCAUAUUAAUAGACACCAUGCAUAACAAUAGAUAAAGAAAAAAUAUCGUUUGCUUUGAACUGAUGUCCAAUUAACCGUGUACAUAAAACUGUUGAACGAAUUACAUACUGAGCCAUAUUUAUUUCUUGAAGUAUAAACUUUGAUUUAAAUACGUUCAUUUUUUUUUU